UGCAGCCCCUGCGUAGGUCCGAUUGGUUCCGCUUGUUGUAUUUUGCCAGCGGCUUGUGACACGUGAUCGCGUUGCUUUUUGUUGUCUGAUACCGCCCCAAAAUGGCAGACAGCGACUCGGAGAGGACUCCGAACGACGAGAAAAUAAUAACGCCAGUGCAGCUAGGACCGCGGGUAGUAACCAUUUGCAAGACCGAAACGGGAUUUGGCUUCAAUGUGCGCGGUCAAGUCAGUGAAGGUGGUCCUUUGAAGAGUAUCAACGGCGAACUUUACGCGCCCCUGCAGCAUGUCAGCGCUGUGCUUGAAGGCGGUGCUGCCGAGGAGGCUGGUAUUCGACGCGGCGACAGGAUCUUGGAAGUCAAUGGGGUUAACGUAGAAGGAGCAACACACAAGCAGGUCGUGGACCUCAUCAAGUCUGGCGGAGACAAGCUUACUCUAACAGUCAUAUCAGUCACAGCUCAGGAAGCCGAGCGCCUUGAACCCAGCGAUGACUCUUCAGGAGUGUCAUACAUUGACUACAGUGAAAAGCGCUCCUUACCAAUCUCAAUCCCGGACUACAACUGGCUCGACAGGUCUAAUGACAAAUUCGUGGUGUACAACAUUUACAUGGCUGGAAGGCACCUGUGUUCACGGCGCUACCGAGAGUUCUCAGUUCUUCACAUGAACCUCAAGAAGGAGUUUCCAGACUUUGCCUUCCCCAAGCUCCCAGGCAAAUGGCCAUUUUCACUGUCAGAUCAGCAGCUGGAUUCACGAAGGAGAGGCCUUGAACAGUACCUGGAAAAAGUUUGUGCAGUUCGAGUCAUCGCUGAGAGUGACACUAUGCAGGAUUUUCUCACAGACAUGGAUGACGAACAUGGUGGCAGUACAUCACUGGUGGACAUCAAAGUGCUACUUCCUGACCGGACAACUAUUGUGGUGAAAGUGCGCAAGAACAGCACCACUGAGGAGGUGUAUCAAGCAGUUGUGGAAAAGGCGGGCUUGCCGCAGGAAGUUUGGCGCUACUUUGCACUGUUUGAGAUUGUGGAGUACGGCUUCGAGCGCCGGCUGGGCCCCAACGAGUUCCCGCACAACCUGUACAUCCAGAACUACUCUACGGCCACGUCCACCUGUUUGCUAGUGCGCAAGUGGUUGUUCACCACACAGCUGGAGGAGACACUCGCCCAGGCCUAUCCCUUGGCUGCUACAUUCUUCUUUUGGCAGGCCAUUGAUGAUGUAAACAAGGGACAGAUAAAGCCAGGCAACAAGCUUUAUGAACUUAAAGCACUACAGGAUUGUUCACGAAAAAUGGAAUACUUGCAACUCGCUAGGACUCUGGAAGGCUACGGGGAGCUGUCUUUUCCACACUGCACCUGUGACGCACGCAAGGAUGGCCAUGUCAUCUCUACUGUGGGGAUUGAGGGCCUGAAAUUGCAGGCCUGCCGAGACGAUGGCACAUUAGAGGCACAAGUGAUCGAGUUCCUGUGGGACACGGUGGCCGAGUGGGAGGUUGACGAAGAAGGCAUGGCUUUUGCAUUCCAGUACACCCGACCCGACAAAAAGCCACGCUGGGUGAAAAUCUUCACACCUUAUUUCCUCUUCAUGUUUGACUGCUUCGAGCGGAUACAAGAAGAACGGACCUGGUGUACAGAGAAUGCAUCUUCUGGGUAACAGCCACCACACCCCGUGGACUAGGAGAUCUAUACCAAGGAGGAAAAGCUCUGGGGUGGGGGGGGCGUAGUGCCACCAUGGCUGAGCAAGGACAUGCAGCGGCAUCGGCUGUCGUGUGCUUCCGAGGGGCUGCACUGGAAUCCAGCUGCACUGCAUGUAGUUGCUUGUGCAUACUUGUACAUAGAAGGCUUUGUAUAUACUAGGUAUAGACGACAUUUGGUUUGUUCAAGUGUCGAGCACACACCAGAUGCCAUAGAUGUGCAAUGAGCACGCAGCAUCAGAGUAGCGUGCCACAGUUCUGCUUGAUGCAGUCGGCCACGUGUUCCGUCGGCAGGGAGGGAAGAUCCAUCGGUACUGGCUUGUACCCUUGAUGAACGGGCAAGCAUACUGCAGCUAAGCCGAACUUCAGCUGUGGCCUAGCUCACUUCCAGUAUGUUCCAUGAAGAAAAAAGAAAGAAAAGUAGUUCUGUGACUGGAUGAAGCUUGGUUUUUCAUCAAGAUGAAUGUAACUUCAGCAAGCCAUAACUGAAGUUCAAAUUAACUGCAGUAAGUGUGCCUGUGUAAGAGGGGUAUGAAGAGGCUAGGGCAAUGUGUUCUGCCCUCAUGUGUUUGAAAAGUCGAUUUUUUGCCAUGUUUAUUUAUGUGUACACCCACUGGCCUGAACAACAUUUGUUUGUUCGCAGUUUUAGAGAGACCAAUCUUUAAAAAAAGGCAAUCAGUCUUUCUACUUGUUUUUCCAUCUUGUGCAGCUUGGCUGGGAGAGAGGAAGCGUUGAGUUUUUUGUACGUGUUGUUGUUGCAAUAAUUUGCGAGCUGCUGGAUUUGGCCCAAAUGAAACAUGGCGAGGCACAACAGUUUUUAAUGUAUGUACAACAGUUGUUGUUUUGGAGGUGCAGAGUAUGUUCUGUCGUCAGAAAAAGCACUGUUUGUUAAUAUUAGCACUGUAAUUUUUCUAGUCAUCUCUGUCUGUCUCUCUCUCUCUCUCUCUCUCUCUCUCUCUCUCUUUUAUUUUGUAUGGAGAGAUUUGUCAUCCAACUGAUGGCAAGCUCCGAGGGAUAUUUUGGCAUGAUGUGCCAAUGACAUCUGAUUGCUACAAUAUACAAUGAUGGAAUAUCUGGUGUUUGGGAAUUUGCAGUCUUGAUGCAUUCUAUGACAAUGCAUUUUAAAGCUUUUUUUUAUGAUUUCUAAGCUUGGAAGCUUGCUCAGAUGCAUACCCGUUUUGUUAGUGGACAUGCUUGUGCCAGCGCAAAGGCCAUGUAUGUGUGCUCUCCAGUAUUUUGGCAUGCAAUGUCGAUGAUGUCUUUGUUUGCUGUAUGAUAUUCCAAGAUGGAAUUUACUUACUGUCCAGUGUUCAGGGGAUUGGAAGUUUCGAUGCAUUUCAGCUACUCUCUAUAUAUACAGUAUGGUUUUUAAAUUUCGCCAGUCUUUACACUGGAAGGUUGAAUCAGGUACAUGCAGUUUAUCUGUUGGUGGGCAUGUUUUUACAAUUGCAAAAACCAUGUCUGCACCCACGGUUUCACAAAUAAUAGCAUACACUGCUGUUGGCAAACGGAUGUGUGGCACAUGUGGCCACUAGCGUGUGCCAGUGCCUUGUACCAGCAAAAUUUAGCUGGUGUACUAAAAUUUCCACUUUCUUUUUCUUGCACUAUGUUUAGAGACUUUUUUUGUGCAUGUAUCUGUCUUUUUGUGAUGGUCAGUUCCUUUACUACUGCCAUAUUUUCUGUCCCCCGUCUUGUUUCUUGUGCUGUUGGCAACCAACAUAGUACAGGUGGGGACAACAUAUUGGGUACCAUUGGAGCAUGCGGCAAGUACAUCACCGUGGCUGCAUUGCUGCAUGGUGCUUAAGACUUCUUACAGGGGUGCAGGUUAUUGCAUGUCGGAACCUAGAUUUUAAAUUCUGGUAAGCGCAGCGCUGCUUCGAUAAGGCCAGUGCACACCUCUAUUGGUAGCAGCACGACUGAAAGAUCUGUCCACCAUCAACAGUGCACCCGUUGCAGCUCAAAAUGUAAAAAUGGUAAUAUCUGCUCACUUGUAUAUUUCUGUGCUUGAUAGUUAACAAAUGUAGUUACAUUUACGUCAAGGAAUGCCUGCUUCUAGCAUCCCAUGACAGAAGCCAACCACAAUGGCCUUACUAUUUACCGUGGGCAACAGGCAAAAAAAAAAUUCUGCCUUCAGGGCUGAAAUGAGGUAAUGGAGCAGCAGUGUGUGUCUUAAGACGCUGGCAAGGUCUAGUAGUCAUGCUGCCAUUGUUUUUAUCAAAGUGGCACCCUGUGGCAUUUUUUGAGAUUUGACAUCUCACUCCCGGAUGCACAAUGUUUAAAAUUAAUGCAAAAUAUCAUGCAAGUGCUCAACUUCAGACCAUGUGCCAUGCUGUUGGCGGGGUGCAGUGAUGCAAUUUUACCACAUGCUCCUGUGGUCCACUAUGAUUUGUACUUGUACUUGCGCGUGCCAUGUCCUCUUCAGCGCCUGCCAUCCAGAGACAUACUCAGGCAUCAUUUCGCUUAAAUGGUGGCAGCUGCUUAAGGCUAAAGCAAGUUGCUUGAAUAUAUUUCGAUUCUGCAUUACAGCUGCGGUGAAUGGCUGUGAUAUGAAGCCGGUAGUAUGUUCAAAAAAGAUUUGAUGUGCCGAAGUUGUGAAGGCUGUUUAACACUGAUGUCCACAUCCCAAGGGAGCAAAUGUUGGAUAGAAGGAAACAGUUUAGAUAACUGAAUAAAUAGAGAACACCUGCACAUAGGAUGAAGCCAUUUGCAGAGUGACUAGAAUGUGCUCGUCAUCCUUGUGAACAAUUGCAUUAUUUUCCCCAAGUGGAAAUUUUUGAACAUGCAACCUCAGUGUGGCAUAUCGGCCAUGCUGUGUAAUCAAUAGUGCAGGUGUGAUGCACCAGUGAUCAUGAAGUGCUGUAAGAAUGCAUGUUUUUUAUUUUAUUUUUAAUAACUGUUGCCAAGCCUGUGCAACAUGGCCAAAUCCAGUGCUUUGUUUAUAGAGUAAGCAUGCAGCAGUAGAAGCUGUCCAAGACAGGUGGGAUGGUCACGUUCUUUUUUGUUUUGGAAUUUCUUAUUCAAUAAAUGUUAAGUGAGAAUUGA